CGGCGGCGGCGGCGGCGGCACGGACGGCCGGGCCGAGGCAGAGACCGACGGGGACUGUCCAGUAUCGGCGCGGGAAGGCGCGCGAAGACCGAGCCCCGAGGCUCCUGCUGCCCGGCCCCGCCGCCGCUCCGGCUCGCCUGCGGCCUCGGCGGCUGUGCGGUGCCCCCCGGCGCCCCCCGCCGCCCUCCGCCGAGCUCCACGCCCGGCCCGGCCGCGGCCCUCCCGGUGCCGGCCGCCAUGGCGCAGGCGUCGGGCGCGGGGGAAAUCUAGCCCGGGGAUUCCAUGCGGCCUAGCUCGCGCCCGCGCGCCUCCCCCGCGGCCCCGCUCGGGGCGUCCGUGUGUCUCCUGUGAUCGCGCUGACACGGCCGGGGGGUUAGAAUGGAACAGACUGAAGGCUCGAUGAGAGAAAGGGAAAGUUAAGGAUGCUGGAGCAGAACAAUGGAUUUCUCUUUCUCUUUCAUGCAAGGGAUCAUGGGAAACACAAUUCAGCAACCACCUCAACUCAUUGACUCCGCCAACAUCCGCCAGGAGGAUGCCUUUGACAACAGCAGUGACAUUGUCGAAGAUGGUGGCCAGACACCAUAUGAAACUACCUUGCAGCAAGGCUUUCAGUAUCCACCUACAACAGAAGACCUUCCUCCACUCACAAAUGGCUACCCACCAUCAAUCAGCGUGUAUGAACCUCAAACCAAAUACCAGUCAUAUAAUCAGUAUCCCAAUGGCUCAGCCAAUGGCUUUGGCGCAGUUAGAAACUUUAGCCCCACUGACUAUUACCAUGCAGAUAUCCCGAACACCAGACCACAGGAAGUUUCGGGAAGAUCUCCUCCCCAGCCACCGCCUCCUCCCUCGGCACCACAGACUGUGAUUCCAAAGAAAACUGGCUCACCUGAAAUUAAACUGAAAAUAACCAAAACUAUCCAGAAUGGCAGGGAAUUGUUUGAGUCUUCCCUCUGCGGAGACCUUUUAAAUGAAGUUCAGGCCAGUGAGCACACAAAGUCCAAGCAUGAGAGCAGGAAAGAGAAGAGGAAAAAGAGCAUGAGGCACGACGCCUCCCGGUCCGAGGAGCGCAGGUCACACAAGGUCCCCAAGCCGGAGCCAGAGCAGCAGAGUAGACCAAAUGAGAGGAUUGACGCUGUAUCAGAAAAGCCAAGAGAAGACCCAGUCCUAAGAGAGGAACCCCCAGUUCAGCCAGUAUUACCUUCUGUCCCAACAACAGAAGUAUCUGCUGGUGUUCAGUUCCAGGUUGGUGACCUUGUCUGGUCAAAGGUGGGAACCUAUCCUUGGUGGCCUUGUAUGGUUUCAAGUGAUCCCCAGCUUGAGGUUCAUACCAAAAUUAACACAAGAGGUGCCCGGGAAUAUCAUGUUCAGUUUUUUAGCAACCAGCCAGAGAGGGCGUGGGUUCAUGAAAAGCGGGUACGAGAGUAUAAAGGUCAUAAACAGUAUGAAGAAUUAUUGGCUGAAGCAACCAAACAAGCCAGCAAUCACUCUGAGAAACAAAAGAUUCGGAAACCCCGACCUCAGAGAGAACGUGCUCAGUGGGACAUUGGCAUUGCUCAUGCAGAAAAAGCUUUGAAAAUGACCCGAGAGGAAAGAAUAGAACAGUAUACUUUUAUCUAUAUUGAUAAACAGCCUGAGGAGGCUUUAUCCCAAACAAAAAAGAAUGUUGCCUCUAAAACUGAAGUUAAAAAAUCUCGAAGACCAAGAUCAGUGCUGAAUGCUCAGCCAGAACAGACCAAUGCAGGCGAAGUACCCUCCUCACUCUCCGGUGCUGAAAGCCGGAGGCAGAGCCAGAGGCGGCACACCAGCGUAGAUGAGGAAGAAACACCUCCAGUAAAAAUUGCUUGGAAGACAGCAGCGGCUCGGAAAUCCUUACCAGCGUCCAUCACGAUGCACAAAGGGGGCUUGGAUUUGCAAAAGUGCAACAUGUCUCCCGUUGUGAAGAUUGAGCAAGUGUUUGCUCUUCAGAAUGCUACAGGAGAUGGGAAAUUUAUUGAUCAGUUUGUUUAUUCAACAAAGGGAAUUGGUAACAAAACGGAAAUAAGUGUCAGGGGACAAGACAGACUUAUAAUUUCUACACCAAAUCAGAGAAAUGAAAAGGCAACUCAGAAUAUAUCAUCUCCUGAAGCAGCAUCUGGUCCUACAGGCUCAGUAGAAAAGAAGCAGCAGAGAAGGUCGAUCAGAACUCGUUCUGAGUCAGAGAAAUCCACUGAGGUUGUGCCAAAGAAGAAGAUCAAAAAGGAGCAGGUCGAGACAGUUCCUCAGGCUACAGUGAAGACUGGAUUACAGAAAGGUGCCAGCGAGAUUUCAGAUUCCUGUAAACCUCUAAAGAAAAGGAGUCGCGCUUCAACUGAUGUAGAAAUGACUAGUUCAGCAUACAGAGACACAUCUGACUCCGAUUCUAGAGGACUGAGUGAUCUGCAGGUAGGCUUUGGGAAGCAAGUAGAUAGCCCUUCCGCUGCUGCAGAUGCCGACAUUUCUGACGUACAGUCAGUGGACUCGAGUCUUUCCCGAAGAGGCCUGGGGAUGAGUAAGAAGGAGUCGGUGUGCCAGAUCUGUGAAAGCGCUGGCGACUCUUUGGUUCCCUGUGAGGGGGAGUGCUGUAGGCAUUUUCACAUGGAAUGCCUGGGGCUGACGUCACUGCCUGACGGGAAGUUCAUAUGCACGGAAUGUAAAACCGGCCAACACCCGUGUUUUUCAUGUAAAGUUUCUGGUAUAGAUGUGAAGCGUUGCUCUGUUGGUGCUUGUGGGAAGUUUUAUCAUGAAGACUGUGUCCGCAAAUUCCCUACUGCCAUCUUUGAGUCAAAAGGGUUCCGCUGUCCCCAGCACUGCUGCUCUGCCUGCUCUAUGGAGAAAGAUAUCCACAAAGCAAGUAAAGGCCGAAUGAUGAGAUGUUUGAGGUGUCCUGUGGCCUAUCACUCCGGAGACUCUUGCAUUGCUGCCGGAAGCAUGUCUGUGUCCCCCUACGUUCUCAUCUGCAGUGACCACUCCAAACGGAGCAGCAGUUCUUCCUCUGCUGUAAAUGUAGGGUUUUGUUUCGUUUGUGCAAGAGGGCUGAUAGUUCAGGACCAUUCAGACCCCAUGUUCAGUUCCUAUGCCUAUAAGUCCCACUACCUACUGAAUGAAUCAAAUCGUGCAGAGUUGAUGAAAUUACCUAUGAUUCCUUCUUCGUCAGCUUCCAAAAAGAAAUGUGAGAAAGGUGGGAGACUGCUAUGCUGUGAGUCGUGCCCGGCUUCCUUCCACCCCGAGUGCUUGAGCAUCGCCAUGCCAGAGGGCUGCUGGAACUGUGAUGACUGCAAGGCUGGCAAGAAGCUCCAUUAUAAGCAGAUUGUUUGGGUCAAAUUGGGAAAUUACAGGUGGUGGCCGGCCGAGAUCUGCAACCCCAGGUCUGUGCCUCUGAACAUCCAGGCCCUCAGGCAUGGCCUGGGCGACUUCCCCGUGUUCUUCUUCGGCUCCCACGACUACUACUGGGUGCACCGGGGCAGGGUGUUCCCUUAUGUUGAAGGAGACAAAAGCUUUGCCGAGGGACAGACUAGUAUUAACAAGACUUUCAAAAAAGCACUGGAAGAAGCUGCAAAACGUUUCCUGGAAUUGAAAGCACAAAGGGAAAGUAAAGAAGCACUGGAGAUUGAGAAAAGCUCAAGGAAGCCUCCUCCUUACAAACACAUCAAAGCUAACAAGGUUAUGGGGAAGGUCCAGAUUCAUGUUGCAGACCUGUCGGAGAUCCCCCGCUGCAAUUGUAAGCCAGCUGAUGAGAACCCCUGUGGCCUGGAAUCCGAGUGUCUGAACAGAAUGUUGCAGUACGAGUGUCACCCGCAGGUGUGCCCUGCCGGGGAGCGUUGCCAGAACCAGUGCUUCACCAAGAGACUUUAUCCUGAUGCAGAAAUCAUCAAAACAGAGCGAAGAGGCUGGGGUCUCAGGGCCAAGAGGAGCAUUAAAAAGGGCGAAUUUGUAAACGAAUACGUUGGCGAAUUGAUAGAUGAAGAAGAGUGCAGACUGCGGAUCAAGCGAGCCAAUGAGAAUAGUGUGACCAAUUUCUACAUGCUGACUGUUACCAAGGACCGGAUCAUCGAUGCUGGCCCCAAAGGCAAUUAUUCUCGCUUCAUGAACCACAGUUGUAACCCCAACUGCGAGACCCAGAAGUGGACGGUGAAUGGAGAUGUCCGGGUCGGACUUUUUGCUCUUUGCGAUAUUCCUGCAGGGAUGGAGUUGACAUUCAAUUACAAUCUGGAUUGUCUGGGCAAUGGCAGGACCAAAUGCCACUGCGGAGCCGAGAACUGCAGCGGUUUCCUAGGUGUGCGGCCAAAGUCGGCGUGUGUCGCAGCCACUGAAGAGAAGACAAAAAACUCUAAGUUAAAGCAGAAGAGACGGAAAAUCAGAGCAGAACCAAAGCAGAUCCAUGAAGAUUACUGUUUUCAAUGUGGAGACGGUGGGGAGCUCGUCAUGUGUGACAAGAAAGACUGUCCCAAAGCGUACCACCUCCUAUGCCUUAACCUCACGCAGCCGCCGUUCGGAAAGUGGGAGUGCCCGUGGCACGCGUGCAGCGAGUGCGGCAGCGCCGCCGUCUCCUUCUGCGAGUUCUGCCCACACUCAUUCUGUAAGGCGCAUGAGAGAGGGGCGCUGGUGCCCUCGGCAUUGGGGGGCCUGCUCUGCUGCUCGGAGCAUGACCCCGCCGCCCCCGUGCCGCCAGAGUACUGCAACAAGAUCAGAUGCAAGUUGGAAUCCCAAGACCACGCAGAGGAAGUAAAGGAGUGAACGGGUCAUGGUUUUCUCGGUUUUCUUUUUAUGUGAAGGGGAAAAGCGGAACAGAGCAGAUCAUGUGUUUGUAACGAGAGAAGGCCGGCCGCAGUGCAUACAGCCUUUGCCAUCAGUACUGCCUUAUUCUGACGCAAAAACGGACAAAUGGGGCCCCGUGUGUGCAGGCACCGGCCUGGCGCUAUCUGGUUUCUCUGUUGAUUUGGGGAGUCUGGGGAGGGUUAAAUUCCCUUGGUCUUUUCUUGCCUUUUAUUGUGCUUCAAUGCCUUUGUGGCUAGAAAAAGAAAUCUUUGCUUUUAAAAUAACAAAAGAGAAGGAAAGUUCUGUUAAUGAGAUAAAGUUCAGAAUGUGUACCUUGGGUGUAAAAAGCAGAGGUUUCCUAUCAUUCAUUUAUUGGUUUUCAUUUUUUUUAAAUCAUGAGGAGUAUAGUUCAGAUAAUCUCGUGUGUGUGUGUGUGUGUGUGUGUGUGUGUGUGUGUGUGUGUGUGUGUGUGUGUGUAUUUGUGUGUGGUACUGGCUGGGGGAGGGGGUGGCACACUGCUUCUUUCUCUCUUUAAAAGGUCUCUCGCAUCUUAGAGAAGGGCUCAGUAGUAUUUUAUCUGGCCUCUUGAAAACAAAAUGCCUCAGCGGGUUUUACUUCUGUGGUCUUUAAAACUGUGGGCUCUUUAAGAGAAUAACUUUACCUAAGAGGUAUAUAAUGUAGUUUUUGUCACUUGUUUGUUUGUUUUGGAGAAAAAAGCAAUGGUUGUGCUCACGAGCUGAAAAUGUUUUCCAUUGACACUGAGUAUUGUGAUGAAGUACAUUUAUGUGACAUGAAUUCAUUAGGAUGGACAUUCCUGUAAUCCUGGUACACUGCUCAAGGCAGCUGACAGGAGUAAAAGGUACCCACCAAAUGCUGGACCAUAUUAAGUAACAUUUUCUGUCCACUUAAUGUAAUCCCUGAUCUGAUUUGGAGAGAAUUAUGGUCGUUUUAUUUUUCGUCUCUGCUUCCUUCUUCUAAUUAGACAUUCCUUUUUUCAAUGGACCCUUGAGUCACUUUUCCUGAUGAAAACUACACAAAUGAAUUUAAAUAGUAUUUGAAUAGAUUUUUGUUUAGUUACUCUUGUGGUGGGAAUGUACGAAAGGACUUCCCCCAGGAUCCAUGCAAGCCGUUUCUGUUAAGUAUUAUCCGUGCUUACAGUGCCCGUUGGUAAGGGGGAGCACUUGUACUCUGACAGGGUGUAUGAGACACGUCAGCCGACCUCACCUUAGGGAAAGCACUUAGGGAAAACUCCCGGAGAAAGUCAGUGUUAGUGGGAAUGGUUGGCUCUGCUGCUUGGAUCUCCUAGAUGCAAGUGUUCGAGGUGUCUGCCCACAAAACUCACUUGCUUUUAAUGCCUAGGAAUAUAUAUAUUCCAGUAUUCCUUCUAUGAAAUCGUUAGUAAUGUCAGAUAUUGUUUUAACACUGUACUAAGUAGAAGUCUAGGGUUAGCUUGAAUGAACAUUAACUUUCUCUGUGAAUUUUGACUGCUUACAAUCGCUGGUACCUGAUAGCAUUGAUUUUCCCUCCAAAAAAUACCUUGUACCCUUCUUAAGGUAGGGAGGACAGGCACCCUGCUGCGGUCCUUAUGUGUGUUCCUUUUUCUUAAUAGAGUUCUUCUCUGGAAAAAAAGAAGAAAACUUUUUUAUGCCUCUCUUUUGUUAUGUAAAUGUGCGAUUAUACUGGAUUUUUUUUCUUGUUAAAAAACAAAAAACAACAACAACAAAAAAAAACCCACAACACUACAGUUCCUUUACUUAAGCUCCUAAACUGCCAUUUGUGUGAUUCUAGCAAUUAAUUCUAAGGUAACUAACUUCCUGGGCCUCCAAUAAUUCUGUUGACGAGAUAUGGCCCCCAAAGGGAGAGCUGACUGGGAAAUGCUGUCCUGUUACCGAACGUGAUUGCUCCAGGUAACAUGAAUCACAGCUGACCAAAACACUACCCUGUGCCCUUUGAGCACUUCUGUCAUUCUUUUUUUAAAAAAAAAAUAUAUAUAUAAGAAAAUCUAGGUUUUAUCAUACUGAAACAUUAUUUUAUAUGUGUAGGAUGAAUGUUUGCUUUUUUAAACUUACUAACGUUAUUUCCUUUAAUGUUCAAAAUGCAACUCCUAACUGAAAUAGUAUCUAACAUGAAAUCUUAUCUCUUGAUUUCUUUUAGACUUAGUGGUAUUUAAUACCUGAUAAUUUUUAUAUGGUAAACCAGGGUAUCCUAUGGACUUCAAAUACCUUAGGUUUAAGUAUUUUAUGCAGCAUCUUCAUUGAGUCCCAUUUUGUUUGUCAGUCUGUAACAGAGCUCUGCCGAGAUUUUGAUUGUUGUGUUUUGGUGGGGAGGAGAGUGAGGGGCCGGGAAGGGUUGUUCUGCCGUUUCAAAAGUCAGUGUGGAGGACAAGCAGCCCAGGCUGGAGUCUCUCGUGGGGUGAAGAGCCCCAGGAGCUCUCCCCACACCGCCACGGUGCAGCCGGUGACCUACUUUCUUUAUUUGCAGAUUAUGGAAGUGGCCAAGGAUUAAGUUGUGCUUUGUGUUUACAUAACACGCACCGUGCUGCCUGUGCUUAGUCCAGACUGCAUAUUGCGCACUCGGAGCCUGAGCACUGGUAUUGGUCAGUAUCCAUGAAAUCUGUGUGUGGUCAGAGUAUGAACAGUUGGGUUUUACUCUUGUUCAAAAAUGAAAUCAUGUACAGAGUAAUUGAAUAAUGCUGGCACUUUCUAACCUCAUGUUCAUUCCGUGGAAGCAUAAGUGAAUGUAAGGUUUUGAAUCCUCAGCAAAUAAAGCUUCAGAAUUUGGAUUCAUCACAACAGUGAGAUCGUGGGAACCCCGUGGGCACUUGUCAGCACAGGGAGGGGCGGGAUAUGGCCAGGUGAGAGGAGAAAUGCCCCAGGCAGCAGCCCUGCAGGGAGCUGGAUUUCACUCAGGGCCAUCCCCUCAGCCUCGGAGCCCCUCCUGGUGCUAGGAUUCGCCCCCGAGUCCUGCGAAGGGGUGGUACCCGCCCUUUGAGCCAGCUCCCUGGCCCACUUUCAGUUUUACUUGAACAAGUUCUGUUUUAUUCCCCAAAGUGAUGCGGUCCUAGCCAGCGAGUAGUCCACCUCCGAGCCACUGGUGCUCGGAGACUUUGGGGUACUGAAAUGAGGACCUCUCCCCUGCAGGUGGGGCUGGGCCUCUCCGCUCCCUCCUGCCUCACAGGAGUGUCUGGAGCUGUGCCUGUUGGCAGUGUUGGGAAACCGAGAUGUUCACGUCAAGGGCGAGCUCUGAGUUGGCCUCCUGCUUCUUUUCGAGUAGUCUGUCUCCCACGUUCUCUGUCAGGGCCAAAGUGAACCUGGAUUUUGGAAACAGAGUCACAGAAUACAGUUAUAUCCAGACCACCCAGGAUUUGUUGCUCAUCUUUAUUUACAUUUUAAGUAUAAAGUUCUUCCUUAGCAUGUAAAAGCCAACGCUGUCGUACCCCUGACCCAACAGGAUGAGAAAGCCCAUUCCUGUGGAGCCCUUCUAGCUUGGGAAGCUCCCGUUCUCCUCUGCGUAAGGCGCAGUGGCGUGGGGAAGCUGCUCUAUUGCUGGGCAGUGCAGACGAGACUUGAAUUUCUUAUUACCAGGCUGAUAGAUCUAUCCACCCCAAGUUGCUGCAGACUUAAUGUGAUCAUUUGAAACAGUUUCUUUUGGUCUAGGACGAUCUGGAGUUGGUCUCCGGUUAUUUGUAAAGAGCAAAACUCACUUUCAUUUUCAGAUAGGUGCGGAAAUAUAUUUAGCGGCUUUGCCAUGAGUUAACAGAUAACAAAAAGCUGGAAAUCUGUAUAUACUGAAAUCUACCAACUUUUAUCUGGGGUUUGGGUACAGGGAGAAAAGGGGUUAUAAGAUAAGGGGGGGAUGAUGUUUACCACAGGUACGAAGUAGUCACUUUAAUGUUUGAGAUCUCUGCCUCAUUGAAUUCAGGACUUUUGAGUACUUGAAACUCUUCCUAUUCUCCUGUUUUACAGUUUCUUUUAAAUUUAUAAAGUAGUAAGCGUUAUUUUUUGUCUACUGUUUGGAAAAUCAAUGGCCUCGUCUCAUCCUCUUUAACUUGGAUUAAAGCUGUGGGGGGAGGGCUGUUGGCAGGGGGACGCUCCCGUUUGUGUGUACAUUUGGGGAAGAGACUUCUGCACAAUGUACCCGCAGCAUCUGAAUGAACAGUUCCUGUGUGUAUGCUUUAUUUUGUCAUUCUGUCAUCCCUUUGACAGAGAUUUGAAAGAAGAUUGUCAGACACUUCUUUCCUUUUAAUAUAUCCCUGUUUAGGGAGAAAACAAACAAAACUUUGCACAUAUGGUACACUCCUAAAAUGCUGGGUGUAACCUCUGUGUUUCAAAAUUAUUUCCAUUCGCUUUUCAUCAGUCUACUGCGUAAGUGACAAGUUCAGCUGCUUGCGACACAUACCUACACCGGGGAGGAGGAAGGGAGUGACCUGUCCUGAAGUAGCUUCUGAAAGUCACUGAUGGAUAGUUGCCAAAGUCAUCUGUUGAGUCCUGAAUGUUCUUAUGUGACAUCACCACACCUGCGAUCCGAAAGAACACGCCCCAAGCCCCUGUGCCCUCCCUGCCCACCACAGGCUUCGUGUGUGCUCUGACCUCUCCGCACCCCUCAAACAGCCAAGACACGGUAUUUAUUAGGUGUCAUCAGCUUAGAAGUGGACUGGAUAAAAAUUUCCCUUUAUUUUAUAGUCAUUAAUAGUGUUCUUUAUCUCAUUUGUGUUGUCACAUGCCCUGUAUUUAAAAAGAAAAUUCUGUUGCCACUGAUAAAUAAGAUGCUAAAUGAGUACACCCGGCGAAUAAUAAGGUUCUUUUUAUAUAUCACAAGGGUGUGCACAUAAUUGGAAUUGAUAUGAGAAAAUCAUUUGUAUCCACUUGUGAUAUUGCACAACAGACAUAGAUACCUGCAGACUGUUUCCAUUUCCUUGCAAUCUUUAUCUAUAAUAAUGCCCUUUGUAGAUUGGUUAUUUCUGUACUUUAGCUGUAAUAAACUUUGUAGAUCCUGUGAAAUGUUAUUUUGCCUAAAUCACUUGAGACUUGAGUCUUGAAUAACAGAGCCUCACUCUUCACUAAAGUCAGUCUCUUUUGAGUUUCCAUGACUUGGCUAGGCGCUCUUGACACUAACAGAUUAGUGUUACAUUUUCGGGGGGGAGGGGGGUCCACUAGGGCAUUACUGUAUAAUGAUGACUUGAUGUUGCCACAUAGACUUCAAAAUAUAUAAUAUUUUGGGGGUUUUGUUGGUUGCCCUAUGUUCUAUUGCAUAGUGUGAAACGUGUAAAGCCGGCUAAACUGUAUAUAGGGCUAGCAUAUUGUGACUAGUCAUAGUGUACUUAGGACUGCCUGUAAUAUUUAAGCUUCAUACUAUUGUGUGCUGGUAGGAACAUAUAAUUUUUGUACAUUAUAUUUACUAAUGUUGCCUUUUUUAUUUUACAACUAUUUUGGAAUUCAGAUGUGUUUUUUGCUUCAGUGACGAUUAAUUUGGAAAGGUUUUUAAUGACAUUCCAAUGAUUUCAGAUUUUGCUUGAGAUUGACUUCAAUAAAUUGUCCUGUAUGUUCCAAGUUAAGUGGA